AUGCGAGUAUGGGGAAAGGAACUGACAAGCUCUACGGGUUUACACCAGAUAACUCACUCCGAAUGGGCAUCUGAGGACUCUUACUCCGCCAGUGUUGGUGCCGGUGCUGCAAGACCUAAGGGUACUGUCACUCAUGGCUCCUUUAAGCGGCUACCAUUCAAUUUUUGCUCGCUCUCUUUGCAGCCUUUCUCACACCCAGUCUGUACUCCCGCAGGCAUCAUAUUUGAUUUGACAAAUAUAUUACCCUGGCUAAAGAAAUAUGGUACAAAUCCGGUAAAUGGUGAACCGUUGAAGAGCUCCGAUCUGGUCAAAUUAAAUUUUGCAAAGAACGAGGCCAACGAAUAUGUUGACCCAGUUACCUUCAAAGUGUUCACUGAUAAUACGCAUAUCGUGGCAUUGUGUAAUACGGGAAAUGUAUUUGCAUGGGAUACAGUGGAGAGGCUUAAUAUAAAGGGCAAAAUGUGGCGAGAUUUGGUUUCCGAUCAAGAAUUCACGAGGAAGGAUAUAAUUACGCUACAAGAUCCGCAAAAUGUCGAAUCGAGGGACCUAAGCUCUUUCAAAUAUUUAAAUGACGGCGAUACGUCGCAUCAGACUCAGCCAGGCGGAAAUGUCAAUUUAGCUGCUAUGGGCAGUUCAGCCAGAAUCCUAAAGGCAAAGGAGGCAGUUGCAAAAGCGAGAGCGACCCGAGAGACCCAAAAAGAUAAUCUCGUCGAGGCAGCCAAAUCGAAGGCAAAAAUUUCUAGUCAAUCAAAGGCUAGUACUAUCAAAACUUCACUUGCUCCUGGGAAACAAACCCCGUUCAAUGCUGCCAGGCAUACGACUGGAUUAGCGGCUGCAUCAUUCACGAGCACUGGACUCACACCACAUACUUCUGCAGAGCUGGCCCUUCUCACUGAUGAACAAUAUAUGCUCAAGCGUGGUCGUGUGAAGCUAAAGGGCUAUGCCCGUAUUUCAACGAACUUAGGUGAUCUGAAUCUGGAACUUCAUACCGAACAUGCUCCCAAAGCUGUUUGGAAUUUUAUCAAGCUAGCUAAGAAAGGAUAUUAUAAAGAUGUUACGUUUCACCGCAAUAUAAAAGGUUUCAUGAUUCAAGGAGGCGACCCAACGGGUACUGGAAAAGGAGGUGAGAGCAUAUGGGGUAAAUAUUUUGCUGAUGAGACUAUUGGGUCGAUAAAACACGACUCAAGGGGAACUUUGAGCAUGGCGAACAAGGGAAAAGACACGAAUAGUAGCCAAUUCUUCAUAGCCUACCGUGCGCUGCCACAUCUCAACAAUAAGCACACCGUAUUUGGUCAUGUCAUUGACGACCCGUCGCCGUCAUCUCCGACACUAGAUGCUAUGGAAUCUGCCCCAAUUGACUCGUCCGCGUCUAACAGGCCCACUCCGCCGAUAUGUAUUCAUGAUGUGACAGUAUUCGUUGAUCCAUUUGAGGAGUUCUUAUCUCAAAAAAAACAGGAAGAAACUAGCAAUAAAGAUCAAUUGCCCCUGACUUCCACGAGCAAUACCAAUAAUGACGAUGACGAACGGGUGACGUGGACGGGCAAAAGAGUUCGUGGUGAAGGCGCGAAAGAACCUACCAGCGAUGUCGGAGUUGGGAAGUAUCUUAAGCAGGCCGCAGCAAAUCAAUGCAGUCAUGAUAAUGAUGAAAUUGUUGAAUUCAUUGAUGAUGAAUUCGACAUUGAACAUACCAAAAAGAAGACUAAAAUUGGCACCGGAGGAUUUGGGAAUUUUGAUAAUUGGUGA